AUGAUCGAGUGCCGAGAUGGUUCGAAAUGGUUCGCCAGAGACCGCCUCAACGACGAUUUCUGUGACUGCACGGAUGGCACCGAUGAGCCGGGAACUUCCGCGUGUCCCACAGGCAGAUUCUACUGCAGAAAUAUGGGAAGUACACCAAGAUACUUGUUUUCUUCUCGGGUGAAUGAUAAAAUUUGUGAUUGCUGUGAUGGGAGUGAUGAAUAUGAUGGAACCGUAAUAUGUCCAAACACUUGUAUCAGUGGUGGAAAUAUUAUAUAUCAGAGAAAAAUUUACGACUCGAUACCAAAGAAACCGGAUUCUCUUAAUUCAAGAAAAAAUAAGCACGGGAUAGAGACGAUGGAUGCAACACAUAAACCAAGUGGUAGUUUGAAGUUUUUGGUCUUCCUCCAGCUGGCACUCGUUAUUGUUCUCGUGGCUUUCUUAAUCUUUCCCCGCCGCAAGAAUAGACGAAGAAACUAA